AUGACAGCGGAUACAAUUUUUGAGUUGAUCGACAAGUCCAAGGAUGCAGGUCUAUCUGUCAGAGAAGGUGUAAAUUUUCUGAAAAACACUGAGAGGUUGUCAAUUGUCGCCGGUGCCCAUCCCAAUGCCACUGACGCUUGGAUGCGGCGUCACCAGCAGAUUUACGAUAACCGAGCGGUGGUUGCAUUUGCAGGGGCGACACACAUAUGUUUGGUCGCAGAUGGGAGCAGGCAUGCCAACAAGGAGGUGUUGGAAAGCAAAGUGGAGCGUGUGGCAUCUUUGCGGCUCUUGCAGGCAGUGAGCCACCAGGUUCAUUUGAUUACAGCAGGCCGCCUUCCAAAUUUGGACGCUUUCUCUGUUCCAGAGGACAUGUGCGUUUCCAUGGUCAAGCCAGGGUUCCAACGUGUGAUCCGCAGAGAGGGUCUGAGAAACCGAGCAUUUCACAGAUGUCGUACAUCUGACGAAGAAGUUGCUGUGAUGCCUGCGAACAGAGAUUGGUGGAAACAACUGCCCUUGUUAGUUUUGCAAUUUGACCAAGGGCCAACAUGCACUUCUGCUGCUGCGUAUGCAAUUCAUCAUCUUGGUAAGCUGGUGUCAGUACGCUGGGAUGUGUACCACAGAAGCAUUCGCGAUGUCAAACUAUCUUUGCUGCACAGCUGCAACGGUCGGUUUCUCCAGGCACAGAUGUACUCCCAAUACCUUUGGGCUCUCAGCUAUCGUCCUUAUAAUUCUUCUGGCUUCCAUGAAGACAAAAUUCGUAUUCUGGAGGUGAUGCUUGCUCGGGAGAACCCAGAGACUUUCCCGCUUUUCCAUGAUAUGUGGGAAACCAUCAGGGAUGACCUCCAAAUGCCUGCAUCUUCAACGAUGCACGACGUGUGGCGCAAACUUCCCACAACACCAAUCUUUGGAGCCAAGAUGUCCAUGCCGAAACCCGGCAGGUGGUUCAGCUGGAAUCAAUGUUGUGAGGAGCAGUUGAGUUCCUGGCACGUCUUGAAGUUGGCGCUGCAAUACCACUUCCCAGACAAUCAGGAUGUGGAUCCUGAUUUAGCUGCCAAGAAGCGUGAGCUUGAUGCCAUUGCGCGAAUGGCUGAUACGGAUGAGAAAGUGAAUGCUCGGAAGCAGUUCAGCCUUCUCAAAGAGAAGUUGGGAGGAGGCCUCAAGCUAGUGUAUUAUUUGAUGUCAACUCGUCUCCUUCAGCAAGUCCUCAUUCUCAGCAUGGUGACUCGGCCCACAUGGUCCUGGUACGCGUCUUCAGUCAAAAAAAUCAAGAACUCCGAUGACCAUGUUGCUCAACUUUUGAUUUUGGCAACCCAGUGGCAGAAGGACCCGCAUUUGCAGGAAACCGCUGCUGUGCCCAUUGCCAAAAGCAAGGAAUUGCUUGAUCUUUUGCGCAGACGUGAGUUUUGCGAGGUUAGAGCCGACAUAGCAAGUUCGACUUUGGACCUCACAGUCCACUUGCUCAUGCAGCGCACAUGGAGUUUGAGUCGGGCAAGCGCGCCACCAGACUGCUAUGCUGAGCUUUUGCACCCAGAUGUUGACAAGCAGCAGGCAGCAGCCCGCUUGCUGAAGCGAGAUCACAUUGCUGUUCUGCAGUUGGAACAGUGUGCUGCUGAUUCUGGCAGAACCGUUCAGCUUCUUGAAGAUUUGCGUCAAGUAUUCACUCCCCCUGUCAAGCUCAUGAUGCAGGCAUUUGAGGAAGACUUUUACCGAUGUGACUCUCCAGCAGGACGCCACUGGCUAUGUGGUCUCUUGAGGACCCUUCCGGAUAACAAACUCAUUGAAGAUCUUCAUGGUGUCUUGAGGAAUGAUGCCAAAUCACAAAAGACGAGGCGGCAGACCUUGCACCACAUUAUGGAGCUGGUGACACAGUCGAAGCAACUUUCAAGCCGAAAGAUUGUGCACAAACCGAUGGUGGACCGAGCAGUGUUCUUGCAGGAAUUUCCCAGAACACCAGACAAAGCGCGCAAGAGGCGUUAUUGGGCUCGCCAUCACAAACUUGCCAAACACUGGUCGACGAUAAUGGGCAGGAAGCACUGGUCCACUCUAUCUGAAGACAUGCUUCACAGAGGUUUUGCAGCCCUCGCAUUCCUCAGACACUACACUGCAGAGGGCAUGGGCCGGGAGGGGAUUCCAAUGUCCCGUGGCUUGCUGUCAAAAUUUGCGGUAGAGCUUCACGUCCUUAAGCACAUUCCGUCUGACUAUAUUGGGUUUUGCCUUGGCAAUGCUUGCUGGGCAUGCCUGAUGUGGCCUUUGCAGGAGUUUUGGGAUGAAGAUUCAGAUUUCACUGGCUACUACUUGUCGCCGACUGGUGAGGCCCAUUGGAAGUUUUUGGUGAACCCGCUGGAUUGGCUGGUAGUGAGCUUCCAGGCGGAACUCUUCAAUGACCAGAUCUUCAUGGUUCCCCAGGGCAAAGAGACAUUGCUUCGAUUUUUCUUUGCUGAUGUCGCCUUGCGUAAGAAUGUCACUGUUGCCGACUUGAUGGUUCUCAGCAGAUUUCUCGAUCUCAGUGAAGAAACAAAGAGGUUGAAGCGAGCUGAUUUGAUCCACAAGCUUGUUGAUGAAAUUGGUGGUCAAGAUCAAGAUUUCAUCAGCAAAAUCAAAGCUGACAUGGCCAAGCCGGAGAAGAAUGAAAAACUCAUUGGUGAUGAGUUGGAUGAGUUCGUCUUGGCAGAACUCCCAGCAGAAGACCAAGAUGAGUUUCGUUUGGUGGCCAAGGAGGUCGAUAGCAGAAAGAAGGCUGGUUGGUCUCUUGUGGAAUGCCAGUGGAAAAAAGCGAUGGCCAAGAAGAAAGCUAAGGCUAAGCCAAAGGGCAAAGCCAAGGCGAAACCCAAGGCUAAGGCCAAGUGUGGUUUUGCAAGGAGGUCGCGGAAGCGAAAGGCGUCGGAGAUGGAACAGGCGGUGACUUGA